AGAAGGCUCGCGCACACCGGAGGAGCAGCAGCAGGCAGAGGAGACGGCUGGGACGGAGAAGCAACACUCAAACUUUUAGCUUGAACAUUUGCGUCUGCCGCCGGCUUUUCUCGCCGUCAGACCGCGGCUCGCUCCCCGACGCCUCUCCCAAUCCGAGCCGACGCUUCAGCAUUCGAGCACACGAAAAGCAUGGAGGAGCAGCUGCUGUGUUGCGAGGUGGAGUCCAUCAGGAGAGCCUACCAGGACAUCAACCUGCUCAACGACCGCGUCCUGCACACCAUGUUGAAGGCGGAGGAAAACUACCUGCCGUCGCCGAACUACUUCAAGUGUGUUCAGAAAGAAAUUGUGCCCAAAAUGAGGAAAAUAGUUGCCACCUGGAUGUUAGAGGUCUGUGAGGAGCAGAAAUGUGAGGAGGAGGUUUUUCCACUGGCAAUGAAUUAUUUGGACAGAUUUCUAUCCGUGGAGGCCACCAGGAAAACAAGACUGCAGUUGCUGGGAGCCACAUGCAUGUUUCUAGCAUCUAAGAUGAAGGAGACUGUCCCGUUGACGGCGGAGAAACUUUGUAUCUACACUGACAACUCGGUCCAGCCUGGAGAAUUGCUGCAAAUGGAGCUGCUCGUUCUCAGCAAGCUGAAGUGGGAUCUGGCUUCGGUCACUCCACACGACUUCAUUGAACACUUCCUAUCCAAGCUCACCAUCCACCCGUCGACCAAGCAGAUCCUUCGAAAGCACGCACAGACCUUUGUGGCCCUUUGUGCCACAGAUGUCAACUUCAUUGCCAGUCCUCCGUCCAUGGUGGCAGCGGGUAGCGUGGUGGCCGCUGUCCAGGGUCUUUACUUGAAGAGCCAAGAUCCCUCCUUGUCCUCCCAGAAUCUCACAAACUUCCUGUCGCAGGUCAUCCGGAGUGACCCGGACUGUUUGAGGUCAUGUCAGGAGCAGAUCGAGUCACUGCUGGAGUCUAGUCUGCGGCAGGCUCAGCAGCACAGCAGCUCCCUGGAAACCAAGCGCGUGGACGAGGACGUGGAUCUGUCCUGCACGCCGACAGACGUCAGAGACAUCAACAUCUGAGAUGUUUGACAUCUCAUCGUAAUUGCACAGUGUCCUGACUGACUGAUCGCAAGUCUUGGAUGGAGUACUUUUAAAGGAGGAUCAGGGACGGUGUGCUGGCCCCUCCUCCCACACGGGCCUCUGUCAUGGCCGACACGCCACUCCCAUGCCUGCUGGUUGCUACAGCUGCCAAGACGGGACAUAGCGCCUGACCGCCCGCCCACCACCAACCCCAAUCACAUGUCCUGCCUCUGGCUCCGCCCCCAUCACGGGAGGUUAACAUGACAGAAUGUAAGAAAGAGGCUGAAUAUUGACAGCUGGAUUGAGGCCGCAAAAUGGACUCUUCAAAUCGUACUUUCUUUAACAACUCCCUCUUCAAAAAUCCAAGUAGGAAUCUUAAAAUUACUCGGACUCAGCUUGCUUACACAGCAUGCUAGUGGGUCGAGCGGCUUUUUGUUGAAUUUCUCAUCUUUUGUAUGUAGAAUAUUUUAGAUCCUGCGUUCGUGCUGUGGCGCUGUCAUAUAUCCCUACACGCUUAUGUUUAGUCACUUUGUUAUCUUUCAUCUUCAGUCUCUUAGUUUCCUCCCUUUUUGUCCGUGUGAAACUUUAAAAUUGAAAAAAAAAAUAGUGUUAAAGCAUUCGCUUAAGCCAUGUCCACUAUCGAUCUUUAGCUUGAGUUGACGCACAGCUACUAGUUUUUACCGUUUGCCAUUCCAACUAUGUUGUCUGAAAAAAGCACUUUUGGUCAGCGCUGCUGACUUCUCUGAAUAGACCACAGUGAUAGCAACAUAUGAGCGGGGCGUUGGGCAGGAGGAGGGUGAGCAAGUAGGUGCACCAGGUGGGACAGUAAAUGACCAGUUCGGGAGAAAUAUUUAAGACUGAAUGCUGCUCCACACUGUUGUAAGUCUCAUGGUGGCUUCAACUUAGCUGCUAUAAGCCUCAGAUUUUGGACAAACAUUUUUUUUUCUUCAGUAAUCACAUAAUCUGAGUUCAUUAUCUGGAGCUCUGAAGGUAUUAUAGUUCAGAUGUAUUUUUAUUUUUUAGAAAGAAAAAAAAACAUAUUUUUCUACUAACAGACUCCAAAUAUCUUUGAACUGUUGAGAAGAUUUCUGUUGUGUGUCGACGCAAAACUUUCCUCUGAGGACCGGUGCUUCACCACUCGCAAGGGCCGAUGGAGCUCAACAAAAAAGGAGAAGCAUUGAGAUGAGAGAUUUUGCACAAAGAUGUGGGCGACGUUUCUUGGGGGAAGCUUGGCGGCUGGCAGGAGUAGAAUGCCUGUGAUGGCAGUGUUAGUGGCAAAAAGGGUGAGGACUCGAGUCCGGUUCAGGGUUCCUACACAGGACGGAGAGGCACCUGCUGUCCAUUUCACUCUCUAUUCACUUUAACACAUGAAGAUUGGUCGACGAUUGUCCACUGUGUUGGAACCCUGUCCAUUUAGGUUUCUGAGAAGAGGAAAACACUCCCUGAAUUCCGCUGCUAUGAAAAAAAAAAAGAAUCCCAGCUAUGUGGUUUUUUUUUUUAAAGGAAAAUAGGAUGUCAAAAAUCGUAAAGGAUUAAAAACAAUGCUUUUCUCCUGAUAUUUGCUGCUACAUUUUGUAUUUUUAAUGAUUAUAAAUGUCAAUGUACUGCCAAUCUAGGUUUGAAUUUUCUCAUAGAAAAUUGUUAUUGACAUGAACUCAUUUGUUAUUUUGAUGUAGAUUUUAUGUGAUCAGUUCUGUUGACGAUGAUCAUUCUCUGUACUAUUCCAAAAAAAUAAGGAAAAAUGGAGACGAUGUACUGAAUUCUUUGAUCCACAAUACCUCAUGUGACAGUCAACAUCUAUCUCUACAUUUGUAUUUGUAUUGCUCUUAUUCUAUUCAACUUCUUGGGUCAGUGGCCGCAAGUUCUGCAAGUCCAAGGCAUGCUGUGAUACUGGUGCCAUAACAGAAAUGGGAUAUGUAUAACUCUGUUGAGUGUUAAGCUGUCUCCGUGAAAGAGACUUUUAUCCCCCUCUCGGCCCGUGGUGGCCUUCCUCCUUUCUCCUAUAUAUAUUUAUAAAUAUAUAUAUAAAACACAAGCUUUUUGCUCCAUGUUUCAAACUGUCAGUGAGUUUUGUAAAUAGUGUUAUGAUCUGUAAGCCAUAGACUUUUUUUUUUUUUUUUUUUACAAAUCAUUCCACACACUUGUGUCAACUUCAUGUCCGCUGCCCUGCAGCUGGA